CCUAAAAAUUGGUUUUGUAGUUAAUUAUGGAUUUAUUACCAGUCAUUAUUAAUCUAUUGGAAGGUCCAGAAACUAGUGGGAGCAGUAGUGAAAGUAGUACUGAUUCUGAGGUUGAGGAAUAUGCUAGAAUUGUACGAAUUGAAGGAUAUAUUGAAAGAGUAGUUGUAAAUUAUAGUGAAACAACAUUUAAAUCGCAUUUUCGAAUGCACAAAUUAAUAGUGUACCAGUUAGCUAGUAGACUGGAAAACAGUGGUUUCAUCCCUGUUCAUGAACACGGAAAAAUGAAAAUAUCAAGUGAAAAGGCCAUGCUUAUGACAUUAUGGUACCUUGGAAACACGGAAUCAUUUAGGCAGGUUUCUGAUCGUUUUGAUGUGUCACUGAGCUCUGCUCACCGUGUAAUUGAAAGGGUAUUAAAUUGUAUACUGUCUCUACGUACUGAGUACAUUAAGUGGCCAACGCAGGAGGAAACAGAAGUUAUAUCUAAAGCUUUCGCCACCAAAUUUGGCAGUCAAAAUGUAAUUGGAGCAAUUGAUGGAUGUCAUGUGAGAAUUCGGAGGCCAAAAAAUGAUCAAGACUCAUACAUCAAUAGAAAAGGAUACUUUAGUUUGCUAAUACAAGGAACUGUCAAUAGCUUCAGGCAAUUUAUUGACGUGUAUUGUGGAGAGCCGGGAUCUCUGCAUGAUGCUCGGUUGUUAAGGAGGUCCUCACUGUAUUCUAAAGCCGAAAAUAAUGUUAGGUUAUGUUUACUGAUCUACUCUAAUGCUCCCGCGAAAAAGGUCGUGCAUGAGGGGAAGAGGGAAACAUGAACCAGAUCAAAAUGAUCUGUGGUAAUGGAACACACCGGAGCUCUUCAGAGUUACUCGAUCAGCUCUGAUCAGUUGAAAGGAAA